GUCCUGGACAUUGGCGAGUGCCUUACGGUCCCUGACGAAUUCUCCGAGAAGGAGAAGAGGACGGGGAUGUGGUGGAAGCAGCUGCUCGCGGGCGCCAUGGCUGGGGCCGUCUCCAGAACGGGAACCGCCCCGCUGGACCGGCUUAAAGUUUUCAUGCAGGUUCACGCCUCCAAGACCAACAACAUGAACGUGUUUGGGGGGCUGAAGGGCAUGAUCCAGGAGGGGGGCGUCCGCUCGCUCUGGCGCGGCAACGGGAUCAAUGUGCUGAAGAUCGCACCUGAGUCUGCCAUCAAGUUCAUGGCCUAUGAGCAGAUCAAGCGGGCGAUUCGUGGGCAGCAGGAGACGCUGCGGGUGCAAGAAAGGUUUGUGGCCGGCUCGCUGGCCGGUGCCACUGCUCAGACAAUCAUCUACCCCAUGGAGGUGCUGAAGACCCGGCUGACCCUGCGGAAGACGGGUCAGUACUCGGGGGUGGCCGACUGCGCUAAGAAGAUCCUGCAGAAGGAGGGAAUCCGGGCCUUUUACAAGGGCUACCUGCCCAACGUGCUGGGCAUCAUCCCCUACGCCGGCAUCGACCUGGCUAUCUAUGAGACGCUGAAGAACAUGUGGCUUCAGAAAUACAGCAGGAACACAGCGGACCCUGGCAUCCUGGUGCUCCUGGCCUGCGGGACGAUGUCCAGCACCUGCGGGCAGAUCGCCAGCUACCCCCUCGCCUUGGUGAGGACCCGGAUGCAAGCCCAAGCCUCCAUCGAGGGCGCCCCGCAGCCAACCAUGCUGGGCCUCUUCAAGCACAUCCUGUCGCGGGAGGGGGUGCUGGGCCUGUACCGGGGCAUCGCCCCCAACUUCAUGAAAGUGAUCCCGGCCGUCAGCAUCAGCUACGUCGUCUACGAGAACAUGAAGCAGGUGCUGGGUGUGACGUCCAGAUGAACCCGCCGGGGCCCAGAUGCCCCUGCCCCACCGCUUGCCCCCUGCCCCCUCGCUGCGCUUUGGAGGCUGAUGGAGCAGGAUCGGGGCCGGGGUGGGGGGCCGGCCCCGGAUCCAGGAGCGUUAAGAGGGACGCUGAGAGAUCUCACCUCUGGACCCCCCCACACACGCACCUGCUCCGAUGCAGGGGGUCUGAGCCGGUCCAGAGGACCAAACCCUGGGGUCUUGCCUCCGAGCGUGACCGGAAAGGAGAACCCCUCGCCCCAACUCUGCCACUCAGAGCAUGUCUGCUGGGGACCCCCUUUGCCAGGGGGUGGGAGCUAGGAGCAAACCCAGGGCGUUUGGGGGCAGGAUUAAUACAGGUUUUGACUAAUUUUA